AUUAUCCCAUUUUUUAUAAUUUCCGAAGAAAGAACCCUCGUGGGUGCUGCUGUCAAUUAGACGAAGAGGACAAUGCAACAUUAGCUUCAUUUCAUUCUCUGAUCAUCACUCCUUUCAGUUUUGCAAUCCAUUGAGCACAAGCAAGUAGAUUCAAGCGGUUGUAGAGGCAUAGGCGGCCACUGGCGGCGGCGGCAGCGGUGGAGGAAAUUUUUUCAAGUCAAAGAUGUGAUAGGCGUGAGCUUUGCUGAUGCAGGGUCAAGAUGAUGUUAUAGUCCCUUUUUUGGAUACCGAAGAACAUAUUCAAGCUUUUAGGCAUUUCAACGCUGAACGACGGGGCUGCCUUCAGUGAUCAUUGUGUGCACAUGGCGUUAUUGUACAAGAGUCUGAGUAGGAGAGUCUUGCUUACAUCUGCAGCUAUGAAAAGAAGAAUCACAACAGAUGCCCGUCAGAUUUUAAUGUCUCCAUCUCUCACAUCCAUUGACUUUCCUGAUAUUUGGACUAGUUCCAGCUGUUCUGAUUAUUCUUCCAUCACAAAAUCGUAUGAUGACCAACAGACUGCAACAGUAAUUGAUGGUAGGGCCAUUGCUGAGGAAAUUACAUCAGGAAUAACUAGUGAGGUGAGGAGGAUGAAGAAUGCUACUGGAAACGUACCUGGCUUGGCUGUAAUCAUGGUCGGCCAAAGAAGGGACUCGCAGAUUUAUGUUCGUAACAAAAUAGCUGCAUGUGAAGAAGCUGGAAUCAUGUCAGAGAUUUCUAAUUUGCCUGAAGAUUGUACAGAAGAUCAAGUUCUUAAUGCUUUAUCACGUUUUCAUGAAGAUCCAUCUAUUCAUGGUAUACUUGUGCAGCUUCCUCUACCGCAACAUUUGGAUGAGAGUAAAAUCCUCAACUCUGUACACCUAGAAAAAGAUGUUGACGGCUUUCAUCCGCUUAAUAUGGGGAAUCUUGCCAUGAGGGGUAGAGAACCACUUUUCUUACCCUGCACUCCCAAAGGAUGCGUUGAAUUGUUGAUCAGAUCCGGUGUUGAAAUCACGGGGAAGAGGGCUGUGGUGAUUGGAAGAAGUAAUAUUGUUGGAUUACCCACGUCCUUGUUGUUGCAGAGGCACCAUGCUACCGUAAGUAUAGUGCAUGCAUUUACUAGGAAUCCCGAACAAAUAGCUCGAGAAGCUGACAUAGUGGUGGCUGCUGCUGGAGUUCCUAAUUUGGUUCGUGGUAGUUGGCUAAAACCUGGUGCCAUAGUUAUUGACGUGGGGAUUAAUCCAGUUGAGGACCCUAGCUGCGAGUUCGGGUAUCGACUAAUUGGAGAUGUUUGCUAUGAAGAGGCAUCAAGGGUUGCAUCUGCUAUUACACCAGUUCCCGGUGGAGUUGGACCGGUGACGGUUGCUAUGCUUUUACUCAACACUCUGGAAUCAGCCAAACGAGCGCAUAACUUUACCUAACAUGCCGUUACUUUGACAUGGUGCACUGUUCCUCUAGUUUUGGCUUCAACGACAAUCAUUUGUUCAUGAUGUUCAUUUUAUAAAAGCAUUUUAUUGUUAUGACCUACCUUAUUUCCACUUUCGGGAUGUUCAACUGACCCGAUCAACCUUAGAGUUUGAGAAGUGAACAUGAGUUUGGAACCAUCUAUUGCGUUUUAAGUAGGAUUAAAAAUAUUUUUUAGUCUUAGAACUGUUAAAAAUAGGUUAAAGUAACCUUUUUGA